GGAAAGACCAUGGGUAUGGGCUUUCUCUAGAAUUCAACAAAACUUUAUAAAUAUUUAAUGAGAGAGAGAGAGAGAGAGAGAGAGAGAUGAUGAUUGAUGAGAAGGAUAAAAGGAGAGAUGGAGAUGGAGAUGGACUCUUGACCUAUGUUGGCCUCUUCUCCAACACUGAAAGUACUUUGUAGACAGAAGGGGUUGUUUGAGACUAAGAAGUGGGAGAUUACAUAGCAUAGGUGUCGACUUCUGCUCCAUUAACACACACAAUUUUCUGUAUCUCUCUUCUGCAACCCUCUUCUCCUUUUGUUCCACCUCUCUCUCUCUCCCUCUCUCCCCUAAGAAGAAUGGAAGGAGAUGAAGGAAUACCCCCCAUAAUUGAAAGGAGAAGAAAGUUCAAGAGAAUUUGUGUGUUUUGUGGUAGUAGAGCUGGUUACAAAUCUUCAUUCAGUGAUGGAGCACUUGAGCUUGGCAAGCAACUGGUUGAGAGAAAGAUUGAUUUGGUCUAUGGUGGAGGAAGUGUUGGUCUAAUGGGUUUGAUCUCUAAAACUGCUUUUGAUGGAGGCUGCCAUGUUCUUGGAGUAAUUCCUAGAGCUCUUUUGUCACAUGAGAUAUCAGGAGAAUCCGUAGGAGAAGUAAAAACAGUUUCAGACAUGCACCAAAGGAAGUCAGAAAUGGCGAAACAUGCCGAUGCUUUCAUUGCACUUCCUGGUGGUUAUGGAACCAUGGAAGAAUUAUUGGAGAUGAUUGCUUGGUCUCAAUUGGGAAUUCAUGAAAAGCCGGUGGGGUUGUUAAAUGUUGAUGGGUAUUAUAAUAGCUUGCUUGCAUUGUUUGAUAAAGGAGUGGAAGAGGGUUUCAUACAAGGUUCAGCUAGACAUAUUGUGGUUUCAGCAGACACAGCAGAAGAGUUGAUUAACAAAAUGGAGGAGUAUGCCCCAGUCCAUGACAGGGUAGCACCCAGACAAAGUUGGGAAGUGGACCAAUUAUUAGAGUCUACUACAAGUGGAGAAGCUCAAGAAUCUUAGAUCUUAAUCACCCAUCUGUAUGUAUGUAUAACAUAUAUACUUAUAUGUCUUGUGUAGUGCCAUUUUAAUCAAAAGAAAAGGACAGCAAAAGUAGGCCCUCUUUCUCUCUCUCUUUCUCUCUCUAACAAGUGGGGAAAUCCUAAGAUCCCAUAUCUUAAUCACCUAUUUGAAUAAUUGACAUGUAUGUUGUAGUCCCAUUUACAAUCAAUUUAAGGUAAUACAUUAUUCUCUCA